UACUGUUUCUGCCUGAAAUACACAGGUGAAAAGUGUAUAAUUUUAAGUUUUAAGUUGAAGAGGUAUGUUGUGCAGAGGUGUUCCAGUAAUACUGAGUCCAGGUGCAAUUUGUAAAGCCUGUUAGAGAAAUUACAUCUGUACCAGUAAGUAUUGUAUGCACCCCUUUCUUGAUGCGCAAACUGGGGAUACACGUAUUCUACACAAUGCAGCCAGGCAGACGAAAGCAAACGAGUGCAGAGCUUGCCCAUGUGAUCUGUUGUUUUGUUUGAUGUGUGUUUAUCGCAAAGGGAGUACGGAAGUCACAUCUGGCCUGCUGAACAGAGAACCCUUUCCAGAAUACAAUGGCAGAGGCUGAGGUUCCUGACAAUCCACCAAUCGGACUGAAGAUAGUCCACCUGGAUCUGAAAGGUGCCCCGCCCAGAAUUUUAUACAUGGCGCAGCUCUUCCCUCUGUUUUCUCGACUGGGAGCGAACGCCCUGCUCCUGGAGUAUGAAGACAUGUUUCCCUAUGAAGGGAGCCUGGAGAUCCUAAGAGCUAAACACGCAUACAGCCCUUCUGAAAUCAGGGAGCUGCUGGACUUGGCGCAGUCGAAUGGGUUGGAGGUGAUCCCGCUUGUGCAGACCUUCGGACACAUGGAGUUCGUCCUGAAGCACAAGCAGUUCUCUCACCUGCGGGAGGUGAAGUGGUCUCCCAACGCACUGAACCCCCACCUGCCAGAGUCCCUUCAGCUUAUCCACACCAUGACUGAACAAGUGCUGAGACUACACCCAGGAGCACGCUGGGUACAUAUUGGAACUGACGAGGUGUAUUUCUUAGGAGAGGGGGAGGAGUCUCAGCGGUGGCUCAGCGGCAGUGACCGGCUCCUGGAUAGUCUGUUUUUGUCUCACGUGGUGAAGGUGGCGGAGCAGUUGCGGAGGUCCCACCCUGCCGUGAGGCCUGUGAUGUGGGACGACAUGCUGAGGCGCAUGAGUGCAGACUUCCUCGCAGAGUCCGGUAUUGGGCAGCUAGUGGAGCCAAUGGUCUGGGACUAUCUCCCCAACCUGGAUGUGGAGAAAACAGUGCUUUUAAUUGAUAAGUACCAGAAAGCCGGCUUGACCAAGCUGUGGAUCGCCAGCUCUUUUAAAGGGUCCACAGAGGUCAACCAGUGCCUGACCUGCAUCCGCAAUCACCUAGACAAUCACACACGGUGGCUGCAGGUGGUCAAGGCUGUGCCCAGAGGGGCUGUCCAGCUGCAGGGCAUUGCACUGACCGGCUGGCAAAGGUACGACCACUUCUCUGUGCUAUGUGAGUUACUACCAGUGGCCAUUCCUUCUCUGGCUGCCUGCCUGCAGACUCUACAGCACGGCAGCUUCACUGAAGAGGCAGAACAGACUUUGAAACAAACCCUGGGGAUCUCUGCAGUGGAAGUGGACACCUUUAUACGAGAGGAUUUUGGGAGCUUCCCUGGCUGUGAGGUGGCGAGGCUGGUCACUGAAGUGAGUGGAUCUCUGAAGGUGACAGGAGAUGAGCUGCUGGAAGGGAACAGGUUUGUUGUUGGCUGGUUCAGCCCCUAUCACAGGAAGCACAAGUUCACACACCCUAUCAUGGUCCAGCAGUUCGAACCAGAAGCCAAAGGGCUGCUGCUGAGGUGGGAGUGUGUGCUGGAGGAGCUGCAAGCAGCUCUGUCUCAGAUUUAUUAUCCUGACACUGUGGAGGAGUGGCUGCAGGAGAACGUGAGCCCCACCCUGGACAGGCUCCGGGGCCUAGUGCAGGACUUGAACGAGACUCUCCAGGUGCAGUGUCACUAGAGUACCACACCUGCAGGCUCAUCAAACAGCAAUGCUGGAGAAAACGGGCUGUGACACAGAAAGAGCCCUGGAAUCUGGUGUGCUACAUGGUAUACUGCACGGAUCGCUUGAUUAAUUUUACUAUUGAUUUAAGUGGAAUUUGGUGUGCCACAUGAUCUCCUGCACGGAUCGCUUGAUUCAUUUUUCUGUUGAUUUAAUUGCUCCAGAUAAGCAACAGUUAUUUGUAAAUUGCAUUGUUUUACAUAUAAAGGGCUAAGGACUGCUCAGAAGGAGAACCCUGUGACGUAGAUGCAGUGUCACGAAAAUGACUAUUGGCUCAAUAAAUAAAUGUGUAGGGAUAAAUCAAUUUACCGUGUGCACUUUGAGGAAGUAUUACUCCCGAGUCCGACAAUGACAUGCUCAUCGAUUUUACCUUGUUUAAUCACAGGUAAGGAUAUCCUGGGAUCUGCAGAGGGUUAUGAGAUAUGUUUAUUUUAAACACGCUGGGGUGCAGUUUCACACCUGGUCACUGAUAAAGGGUUAAGGGAACUGCCUGAACAAAAUUACAGGGCAGAGCUAACUGGAAUAUUAACACUGAUAUAUAAAAAAAAAAAAAA